AUGGAUAGAUUUCGCAUACAGGACGGUAAAUAUGUGGUCGAGAAAGAAAUAGGGAAGGGAUCCUUUGCCACCGUUUACCGAGGGCAUGUUACAACUGAUCCCAAAAGCCACAUAGCGGUCAAAGCAGUGGCAAGAAGUAAAUUAAAGAACAAAAAGCUUCUUGAAAAUUUGGAGAUAGAGAUAGCCAUUUUAAAAAAGAUAAAGCAUCCACAUAUAGUAGGUCUGAUAGAUUGUGAAAGAACUACCACUGACUUUUAUUUGGUGAUGGACUAUUGUGCUUUAGGAGAUCUAACAUUUUUAAUAAAAAAGAGAAAAGAAUUAGAGAAUAAUCACCCAUUGCUACAAACCGUUUUCAAUAAAUAUCCACCUCCGAGCAAAGAGCAUAACGGACUUAAUAGGGCUUUCGUGGUAUGCUACUUGCAACAGCUUGCAUCAGCGCUAAAGUUUCUUCGGUCAAAAAAUCUUGUCCAUAGAGAUAUAAAACCCCAAAAUCUGUUGCUGGCAACACCAUUAACUAAUUACCGUGACUCCAAAACUUUUCAUGAGCUUGGGUAUGUUGGGAUAUACAAUCUGCCGAUACUAAAGAUAGCAGACUUUGGGUUUGCAAGAUUUCUGCCAAGUACCUCACUUGCUGAAACCUUGUGUGGCUCUCCAUUAUAUAUGGCGCCAGAGAUAUUAAACUAUCAGAAAUAUAAUGCAAAAGCUGAUCUCUGGUCUGUUGGAACUGUCCUAUUUGAAAUGUGUUGUGGUGUUCCACCUUUCACUGCUUCUAAUCAUUUGGAACUGUUCAAAAAAAUCAAACGAGCACAUGAUGAAAUUAAUUUUCCCGAAGUUUGCGAAGUUGAGGAUGGGUUAAAGGAGCUGAUUUGCUCAUUGUUAACUUUUGACCCUGCGAAGAGAAUAGGGUUUGAAGAGUUUUUCAAUAAUAAAAUUGUUACAGAGGAUUUAUCUCACUACGAAGUAGACGAAAAUACAGAGCUUGAGUCGAAAUCAAAAGACUUACAAGAAAGUAAUAUGUUUGUAUCCGAGUUUUUAAUAAAAAAACGAAAUCAAAAGGGUGUAUCCUCUAGGAAAGAUACUGAAUUUAUUCCAAAAUCUAAGCAGGAGCCAAUGUUAGACCAAGCUUAUAAGGAUGAAACAGAAAUGGAAACAGGAGUGAAGUAUGGCGUUAAUAUUGCACCUGAAGUCUAUCAAAAUGAAAUGAUAGAUCCAGAAAAACUUGCAGCAAAGCUGAUUGCAGCAAAGCAACUCGGCAGUGAUGAAAAAUUAACAAACAAAAACAUAAGCCAUUUAUUGAGUUCAAAUUCAUCUAGGGUUAAUAAAUUGGAUAAAAGCAAUCUCUCAGGAAAAUCUGAUUCCAGUCUAGAUCGUGAUUAUGUUGUUGUUGAAAAAAAAGCAGUGGAGGUAAAUUCAUUGGCAGACGAUCUUGCGCAGGCAAAUGUCGGGAAUAAUGACGAAGCGGUAAAGGAUCAAAAUAUUAAAACUUUAGAACAGCCGCAUAUUCAGGUUCAUCAACCUCAUAAUGAUAUUCAAAAUUUACAAAGAGCACCAUCAACUACGAGUGGGGGAACAAGCUCGCGAAGAGCAUCCCUAGUUGAAAGGAGACUAUCUAUUUCUUCUUUGAAUCCUUCAAAUGCGUUAUCAAGAGCCCUUGGUCUUGCAUCUACUAGGAUUUUUGGAUCCUCAGCACAAACCAACAAGAAUCAAACUUCUAAUUCCACGUCACCGAAUUACACUCAACCUUUGCUAAACUCGCAAAUUUUUUACGACCUUACUGAAAAUCUGAUUUUGCAUACAGAAACAUUGAAUCAACCAGCACUUAUUAAUGUAGAUCAUGCCAAAGGAAUUAAUGAAGUGAUAAGGAUUUUAGAAUCCCUUUCAGCUAAGGCAUUUGUUGUGUAUUCUUAUGCCGAGGUAAAGUAUGCUCAAAUCAUUCCUCUACCACAGGCGGUAAUACGAGCCUCACCUGCGCUUCAAUUUGAAAAGCGUUUAAGUGAUGAUAGUAAUCCAGUCAUUGAUGAGGAUUCCGAUGAGGAGUUAGAUGUUCAAAAAAAUCUGUCUAACACUCUUCUUUCUGAGACAGUUAAUACUAGAUAUAGGUUAAGAAAUGACAGUAGCCGCAACAGUUAUAACAAGAGAAACUCGUUUAAUAAGGAGAGAUUCUCCUUUUCUUCACAAGGCUCAAAUAAUUCUAAAAGAACGAACUCUUAUUCAUCAACUCUACUUCCAGCUGAAAUUAUUUCCAUAUCCAAAGAGGCAAUUGUUUUGUAUAUGAAGGCAUUACAGAUUCUUGCGCAGUCUAUGAAAAUUACAUCAAAGUGGUGGUAUAGCUGUCAGGAAAAGAUUUGUUCACUGAGGCUAAAUAUUCUUGUUCAAUGGAUCAGAGAAAAAUUCAACGAAUGCCUAGAUAAAACAGACUUUUUAAGGAUGAAACUGGAAGAAUAUGAGAAUAGUAAGCCUGGAACGCAUAAUCAAAGUCCGAAGUCCAAAAUUAGUAAUGAUUCAAAUGAAGAUAAUGUAGCCGAGAAAGUAUACCUUGAAAAAUUGCUAUAUGAUAGAGCUCUUGAAAUAUCCAAAUAUGCAGCCAACUUGGAGUUACAAGGUCAAAAUCUGCACAUAUGUGAAUUAGCAUAUGCGACAAGCUUAUGGAUGCUGACUAUAUCACUCGAAAACUCUCCCUAUACAGACCAAGGAGAAGACGAAUAUGAUGAAUUUUUGAAAGAUACCAACGAUGUUCUAGAUUCUGAGGAUAAGAUAAUUAUUGGAAAGUACAUCAAAAGCAUAUCUCAUAGACUGAAAAUGUUACGCCAAAAAAUGGCAAAAUAUUAA